UAGAUUACACUUCCACAUAUGCAAUAUGCAUACAGUUGGUGAAACAGAAUGUGACAGGCCUGCAGUGGAUCGCCAGUGAAGGCUGGUCAUCAGCUGCUGUGCUCCAGACUCCCCACAUCAUGCCGUACCUGGCUGGAACACUGGGGAUCGCCAUUCGUCGAGGAGAAAUACCAGGACUUAGAGACUUCCUGUUACAAAUAAGUCCUGACCUACAUCACAACAACACUGAAGGAAAUAGCCUGGUGAAUGAGUUUUGGGAACACACAUUUCAGUGUAGAUUUGCACCACCUCCUGCAGGUUGGGUGGAAGCUGGAAGAGAAGUUUGCACUGGACAGGAAGCUGAAGAGAAUGUUGAGAAUGAAUUGGUGGAUGUUUCAAACCUCAGGCCAGAGUAUAAUGUGUAUAAGGCUGUGUACGCUCUGGCAUAUGCUCUUGAUGACAUGCUGCAGUGUGAGCCAGGGAGAGGACCUUUCAGCAACAACACCUGUGCUCAUUUGCAAAGAAUGGAGCCAUGGCAGAUUAUGCAUUAUUUGGAGAAAGUCAAUUUCACUACAUCAUUUGGUGAUGAAGUGUCAUUUGAUGAAAAUGGUGAUCCUUUACCAAUAUAUGACAUCAUGAACUGGGUGUGGCUCCCUGAUGGAAGAACAAUAGUUCAGAGUGUGGGUGAGUUUAAGAGGUCAGCCUUCAAAGCACUGACGACGGAUGUCACUGUCAUCUCUGAGAUCAUCAGAAAAGACAUGGCCAAGAUAUUUUAG